CGCCCAGCGCACCGGUCAUUCCCUCGACGUUACCGCUGCGGACAUUAUCCUCGGCUCUCCAAUGACCAGCUCAUAUUACCCAGCUUGCAGACCAACAACGCCAGCGGCGACGUCGGCGGAGAGAUGAUCAGCUUCCGCCGUCUAGGAGGGUGGGGCGCACCUGCAUGAGCUAGUCCGCCCAGCACUUCCGUCCCUCUACCAUUCUAUUUUUUUGAGCGACAAGCGCCAUGCCAGCCACCCGCGAUAUCUCCCGACCCAUCAUCGACACGGCCAGGGUCACAGCCAUGCUCUUUGACGCCCUUUCGACUUACUAUGCCAACCUCGGUGCGCCGCACAAGCGCCGGACGCCGCUCGCCCUUGCACCCCGCGACAGACGCGCCGGGAUCGCGAAGAAGACGACGCUUCUCUUAGCUCAGGAGUGCAUGACAUUGACGCCGGUCCGCGAGCGCGGCCGCCAGGAGCUUGAGACGGCGCUGAAGAGGGCGGCGUUCACCAUGCCUUACCUCAGAGCUUCCCCGCCCGCCGUUCUUCAGGCAGUCGUCGACAGCCUGUCAUCGCCGAAUGCCGUCACACUGGAAGCGAGGAGUUACAGGCGCGACGCCCUCGGCCAAGGUGGAGAAGACCCCACGACCGCGCUUUACGCCCUCAUCACGGCCAUCACCUCUGAGUAUCGUGGGCAAGUGAUUCUCGACGCCUGGGUCGCAAGGAACCUGGUUCCCGUCAUGAAAGCCAUCAUGCAUAUUCCCGCCACUCUUGCCGUGACACCGCCCACCCCCGCCCAGGCUCAAGAGCCCAUGAUUCCCUUGCCUACUCGCAAGCGUAAAGCUGCGCUCAUGGGGUCACCGCGAGACGUGUCGCAAAGGGCGAAUGCUCCCGACUUCGAUCGCCCGAGCGACAUGGUCGCGGGCUCGAGUCACGCCGAGGCAACCAUGGCACCCGCACCCGCCUGGACGGUUUCGCCUCGGAGCCCCUCGACCACGUCUUGGGGGACUCCGUUCUCGGCGCGCAACUCGACAACGUGGGGCGCCUCUCCGAGCACUUUGGACAUGGGUUCUCCUCCAUGGGUGCCCAUUCUAGCUUCACCGGACCACGCCUCAGGUGCACAUGACAUCGAUCCGGCCUUGCAGCAUGCCGCGACAGCCUUUCAGGGCGACACACCAUCCGUUCAGGACGCCGAUUCCUUCUUGCGUGAGGCCCUCUCAGCAUUCCACGACGUCGGCCUCAUCUUUCGGGGCGACACUUCGAACCCGCAGGACAGCACUCCAAACCUGCAGGAAGCCGAUCCGCCCUUGGGGGACAUCAGUUCGGAGGCGUUGAACAGCCAUUGGGCCUUCUGGGACGGCGAUGUGACCGAAGACGACGUCAUGACCAACUUGACCGUCUGGGAUGCCCAUACAAAUUCGGAGGACGCCCUGACGCUUCUCGAGGACGCAGCCUCGGCUUUCGGGGGCCUCGCUGCGGUAUCGACCCCGACCUACAACUUUGGCAAGGUCAAAUCGAUCUUUGAGACAAGCAGCUCACACUUCGAGGUCGCCGACACAGCCUCCGCGAGCGUGACUUCGACUCCGUGUGGCGACGGGUCGAUUGGCCUGUCGGCGACGGAUCACCUCGACUGGGACGCCGCUGGGAACGCCGAUUCUAGCUCAACGUGGGACACUUCUAUCUCAGCUGCCUGGGACGCCUUGCAUGCGGGAGGCUAUGCGGACAAUUGUGAUCCAUCCACGAAGACCUUCGGCUCUAGCUCAGCCGCUGAUUUGAGCACGUCGUCUUUCGCCGAAUUCAGCUCGUCGCACUUCGCCGUCACUUCUAGCUCCUUGUCCUCCAUCAGUUCGAGCGCAUCUUCCUACGCCACCUCCAGCUCAUCGUCGUCUGUCGACUGCAACUCGUCGUCCUUCGGCAGCUCGAACUCGUCGCUUGAUGACUCUUCCUUGUCACCUCCCGCCCUUGCUGCUCAUAUGACCUGCAUCGGCGGCGCGCCUCUCCAUAUGCUAUCGGCCCUCACAGAAAGUCAACUCUAGGUGCCGACCCUUCUGCCUUCGCUGCCGUCUCGGCUACCGCGUAUGCCUUGUUCACUGCCCACCUAUGCCAUAUGUACACCUUCAUCGUGGCGUGCUUCGUUGUUCGCACCUGUUGCCUUGUCUUUCAUGGUCCCCUGUGCGUUCCUCUUCUUAUCCCUCUUGCU